UGAGAGCAGAGCAGAGCAGAUCCUGGAGUUGCGGUCAACCUACAGUCUCACCUGAGCGGUCUUCAACAGGAAGUCUAAAGAUGAUCAAAGUGGCGUUGUCAUUGCUUCUGGUCCUGGUGGCCAUUUCCUCCUCCUUUGGAAAAAACUAUAUCCCGAAAUCUGGAAAGAGGAGCAUUCAGACUCUGUCCAGAGGUUGGGGUGAUCAGCUGAGGUGGGCUCAGACUUACGAGGAGGCUCUCUACUGGUCCAGGUCAAAAAACAAGCCUCUGAUGGUCAUCUUUCACCUGGAUGACUGCCCACACAGCCAAGCUCUGAGGAAGGUUUUUUCUGAGGACAACGACAUCCAGAGGACACUGGAUGAGGAAUUCAUCAUCCUCAAUCUUGUGUAUGAAACCACAGACAAACAUCUGUCUCCUGAUGGACAGUAUGUCCCCAGAAUCAUCUUUGUUGACCCCACAAUGACAGUGAGAGCCGACAUCAACGGUCGCUACUCCAACCGCAUGUAUGCCUACGAACCAAAUGACCUCAGGCUCUUGAAGAGCAACAUGGAGAAAGCUAAGAAGCUCCUGAAGUCUGAGUUGUGAGCACAUGGAUGAUACAUGCUCCACUUGUGACCCCAAUGACCCCAAGAAUGAAAAGUCACCACAGCUGCCGAUAACAUGCUGUCAGUACAGUUUACACAUGAAAAGCUAAGCACUGGAAAGUUCUUUUUCCUCAUUCUGACUUGUAAUGUUUUCUCCUUCAGUUUCCCUGUUGAUUAUUCCCCUUGUGACUGUUGCUGUACAUCCACAAUGUCUUUUGAAUAAAUAUGGAACUGUUCACAUA